AUAUUAAUUUAUUGAUAACUAGAUCUCCAACUUUGCUUGAAGACUCUCCGACUACGCUGCUCGCUUCAUCCGUGAGACAUCUCCUCUCGAUGCUAUCCUUUUGAGUCUUCUCUGCAUCAUGUCCACCGAGCCGGCCAUACGGACGGCUCAGGACGAUUUCGAGUCGCGCACUAUCGAUCAAACUCCCCGCGAACCUCGCCCGAGACGGUCGCGUCGCAAGAAGGACGAGGGACAGGACGCUGGGCGAAAGAACACCCCCAAACCCACCAAGUCAAAAACUAAAGAAAAGGAGAAAGAAAAAGAACCAGAGACGGGCAGGCAGAACGACAAGGAAUUAGACAAAGAAAAUCAUCAGGAUAAGGAGAGCAGGGAUAAAGACCAGGAUCCGAAAGAGUCGAAACGCGGCAGUCGUCGCCAGAGGGACAAGUCGUCAUCCACGUCGGUCAAUCCGUCCAAUUCCUCUUCUACUCACGCUCGAAAGAAGCCCAAGUUAGAAGCAACGCCUCCGGAUCAAAGUCCUAGUGUAUCGGCGGCUUCUGCAGUUGCAGCUGCUGCCAUUCCAGCGACGACUACUGUGACGACCGCUACUCCUGCCCCUGCUCCUAGCGCCGCCCCAGCUGCAGCUCCAGCUCCAGCUCCAGUCCAAGUUCCAAACACCCCCGCUGCUAGCCCUCCAGCAUCGUCAGGCUCUAUUCACCUUCUCCAAUCUCACCUGCACCAGCAACAUCGUUCUCCAUUGCACCCGUCCCCCUCACUGCCACCCUCGUCUCAUCCCACGCCGCCGCCCGCGGCCCUUGGUCACCAGUCAUCUUACCCGACGAUGGCACCCGCAGGACCGCCGCGGCCGCAAUCCCAGCCACCACCUCCCCCACCGACUAGGACCAGCGGUCAAAAUUUCGACCCCAUUCGGUCCGCCUUCGAUACAGCUUCCCCGGCCCCAAUACCGGGGCCAACAUCGACCUUCAGUCCUCCGGCGCGCCCUCUCUCUCCACGCCCACCAUUCCGCGCGAGCGCUUCACCUGCUAUAGCUAGCAUAAUUGACCCUCCCACAAAUACCUCACCAACCGUCUAUGCUCCCCGCCCAUAUGCUUCUCCAAACCAUGGCACACCCAUAUACUCUCCUUCCCCUGCGGCUACACCAGUCAUCGCUCCGACGCCACAUCCGCCUCCUCAGCCGAUCUCGCCGUACGCCCAUCGAUCGCCCUAUCCAACCCCUUCACAAUUACAACCAUCGCACGAUUCACAGUCCUCCGGUCAUUCUUCGUCUCAAGGUCCGCCGCCGCCGGCCCCACCACCACGUCUAUCAGUAGCACCUGAGCCUCCAGCGCCUACACCGUCUAAUAACCAUCGCGCGCCUUCGCCCGGGCCUACCCCAAUGGAUGUAGAUACGGAUCCGCAUCCGGCCCCUAAAGCACCAAAAAAGGAGACCAAAGCUCCCCCCACAGCGCCUUCAUCGAACGCUGCGUCCCCGAAGCCCUCUCGGGCAACCAAGGAGCCCCCGCCUCCAUUGCCUCAAGGCUCAGGACUGAUCUCCAAUGCCUUGUUUGGCGUGGGCGACGCUGCAUCCACCAGCGAUUCUGAUUCUCGGCGGACGCCCAGUAUUAUAAUACACAUUCCAUUGCAAGGGACUGGCAACAGGAUUGUCAACUUUGCGCGCUUGGCCGAGGAACAAUACGGCUUUGCCGCUUUACAUCCUCGCCUUGCAGCUCACAAGGAACGACUUGCUCGUGUAGCCGCAGCGGGUGCAGCACUAGAACGAAAUGAUAAAUCCGGCCGGGGACUCUCCGCUGGGGAGAGUGCUGAUGAAGAUCUCAGUCUCGAAGUUGAACGUGACAGUGACUUAGAUGGAGACAGUGCGUUGGGCGGCACAGCAGCUCGCACGAACGGGCCGGAGGCUCCAGAUGGGAAAAAGAAGCGUCGCAAGAAGAAGAUGGAAGAGUAUGACCGAGACGAUCCGUUUGUCGACGAUAGCGAGCUAGCCUGGCAGGAACAGGCCGCGGCCAGCAAAGACGGCUUCUUCGUAUAUAGUGGCCCUCUGGUGCCUGAGGGCGAAAAGGUGCAAGUCGAACGGUGAGUUCCCUCCUAUGUAUAUACGUUUGAUCUCAACCACUAACGCUUUGGUUUAGGGCGGAUGGCACAAUAAAACGUGGCAGGGGCCGGGGUCGCGGCGGUCGCAACCGAGCACCUCAAUCCGCUUCCCAUCAAGCGCCACUGGCAGCCGCCGUCCCCAUUUCCCAAGAAACAGGUCUCCCUGUACGAGGGCCCGGAUCCAGGGGUGGUAGUACUACUCGUCGUCCGCGUACAAAGCCCAAGGCGGAACAGGACAAAGCAGGCGGCACACCUUCCGCAUCUCAGGGGCGAGGCGGCGGCACCGCAGGCCGGGGAGGCUCGGCAAGCGCUCGAGGAGGGAAAUCAACGUCAAUGGUGGAAUUGGCACCGCGUCCCAACUUGGCACCCACGCCUCCGGGACCAAGUCCGGUAGCAAGUUCUGAACUGGU